CUGGGCUCCUCUCUCUCGCUCUACACCUCUGCCAUCGCCUCACACGGACUGCACCACUGCAUCAGCUGGAGGGGGGCGCGAGGGCGCUUCAGCGCGGAUACAGCUAUUACAGACUUAGAUCUACACGAGACGUUUAAUACAGGUCCAACUCGCCUCCAGUCAUUUCCGGGUUGUCAGUCGGUGUGGACGUGCCUGAUAAUCGUGUGAUGAGACGCAGGAAAGAUCUUCAGUAAGUCAUGGAUCUGAGCUUGAGGUCAGCCGGUGGUCACAGCUCUGAAGCCCAGGGGUCUGAUUCAGGAGAGGAUCUGCACACUUCAGCUGCUCCUGGUGAUCUGGACGAGCAUGGGAAGAGUCUCUCAGCCCGAGCCAAGCCUUUCCGGUGCUCUCAGUGUGGGAAAGGGUUCUCCCGCAUCCAGCAUCUGUCCGAGCACGUGCGGAUUCACACGGGAGAGAGGCCUUUUGAGUGCGUGGUGUGUGGGAAGACCUUCACCCGCGAGAGAGACCUCAAGACUCAUCAGAUCGUCCACUCGGAUGCCAAGGCCUUUCACUGCGCCAUAUGUGUGAAAAACUUUGCCCUGUUGUCCUCCUUGAGGAGACAUCUGCGUGCAUUUCAUCAAGGUCAGGAUGUUAGUACAGAGGGUAAGUGUUUAAUUUGUGUUGAAUGUGGGAAGAAUUUCGCGUGCCAGCUGGAGGACCAUGAGCUGACACACACCGGAGAGAUUUCCCACCGCUGUCCCGACUGCGUCAGCAGCGUCACACAUCCGUCCAGCCUCGUGUCUCCCGAUCAGACCUUCUCCGACUCCGAGGACAUGGACCUUCUGGAUGCUCGUGACGGCGAGAGGUCUUGCAGUUUUGUGUCCUCUGAAGAUCUACACAAGCACUUACAAACCGCCGCACUUGAGGACGGCAGUGAACCUCUCUCUCUGGACCUAGCAGACGAUAUUGAAACUGAAGCUCCUAAUGAAAACAUUUCCCUAAGUCAUCACGAAGAGGCCGAGAGAGCUCCGUCUCCUUCAUCUGAGCUCUCUCACAACUCUGCUGAAAAGGGCACUGAAACGCUGAAUCCUCUUCUAGAGCUGAACAAGCCGCACCAGUGCAGUCACUGUGGGAAGAGGUUUCACAAGCAGGCGAAGCUCCGGAUCCAUCUGCGCGUUCACACCGGAGAGAAGCCCUUCCAGUGCUCCCAGUGCGGCAAGCACUUCAGCCAAGCGGUGAACCUCAGAAAACACCACCGUACUCACCACACCGAGGAGAGACCGUACCCCUGCACGCUCUGCGACCGCAGCUUCUCUCUCUCCUUCUCGCUGAUAAAGCACCAACGAGUCGCUCAUCCAGAACAUUUGAGUGUUGCUGAAAGGGAUCGCUUCACCUGUCCGUACUGUGGAAAAAUAUUCGGACGACAUCAAGACAUGGAGCAGCAUAAACGCAUUCACACCGGAGAGAGACCGUUCCGCUGCAGCGUGUGCAACAAAAGCUUCAGGCAGCGCUCCGUGUUGAUCGUGCAUCGGAAAAUUCACACCGGAGAAAAGCCUUUCGAAUGCUUCAUAUGCUUCCGGCGGUUUUACGGUUCAGGAGAUCUGAAGACGCACAUGGGAACUCACACUGGCGUAAGACCCCACAAUUGUCCUUUGUGCUCCAAAAGCUUCCCUCGGCCCAGCAGCCUGCAAGCACACAUGCAGUCCCAUCUGAACAAGCGUCAGGAAGGAGAUGCUGUGCGCGCCGGAGCUGAGGACGAGGACCAGGAGGAGCCGGAGGACGAGGAAGGAGCCUGCAGUGUUUCUGCUUCAUCACAGCUUUCUGAAGCCCAAAUGAGCACGGGGGAGCGUCUAUCAGAUGCUGAGACCAGAUUCGGUUCAUCAGUGAAUCUUGACCUUGAUGCUGGUCAGGGCUCCAGUUCAGAGUGGACCGAUCAUCAGAAGCCGUAUCGUUGUGUCAUAUGCAACAAAACCUUCUCUUUCGCAAUUUCCCUGAAAAGACAUCAACUUAUAUUUCACCCAGAUCAGCAUGUCGACAAAGAGGGGAAGUGUUUCCCCUGCUCUUAUUGCGGGAGGAAGUUCGGUCGACGCCAAGGCUUGUUACAGCACGAGCGAAUUCACACAGGUGAAAGGCCCUUCAACUGUCCCACCUGUAACAAAAGCUUUCGGCAGCGAUCGGCUCUAGUUGUACAUAUUAAAACGCACACAGGGGAGAGGUCGUUCCUGUGCUUUGUGUGCAGUAAAAGCUUUUACACCCCAGGAGACUUGAAGAAACAUCUGGAAAUUCACACAGGAGUGAGGCCACACAACUGCCCUGUAUGCUUCAAGGGGUUUGGGCGUCCCAGUUUCCUCAGAGCUCAUAUGCGCAUACACGAGAAAGUUUCCACAAAGAAGCAAAGUGAAACAGAGAAACCUACAGCUGGACCGAAAGUCGACUCGCAGGAGAAGCCAUUUGAAUGCGCUCACUGUGGGAAGAGAUUCGGUCAGCAUUGUAUGUUAAAAAUUCACCAGCGGAUUCACACAGGAGAGAGACCUUACAAGUGCUCUCAGUGUGGCCUGAGUUUUCGCUGGAAGAGAAACCUGAUCGCCCACCAGAGCAGCCACCUGGGGGAGAACCCUCUCCAGUGUUCAAUAUGUGACGAAACAUUCGUGUCCGAAGCAAGUCUGAAAAAACAUCAAGAUGAGUUUCAUUCAGGGGUCUCGCACACAUGCAGUUUGUGUUUGAAGACAUUCACUCAAGCAGCUGGCCUCAGGAAACACGUGCGGUAUGUUCACGAAGGAGAGCGACCGCACAAAUGCUCCGAGUGCGGGAGAGGAUUCGUCAAACUCUCCGAUCUGGCGCGUCACCAGCGCCGCCAUCAUUACGACCGGGGCGGCGAACUCUUUCAGUGCUCGCAGUGUGAGCGAAGCUUCAGUCAUCCCAGCAGUCUGGUUCUGCACCGACGGACACACAAUGAAGAAAAGCACGAGUGCCCUCAGUGCGAUAAGAUUUUCAGUCAGGCGGGACACCUGAAGGUUCACCUGCGCACUCACACCAAAGAGAAUAAACCCAAAUUCGAGUGCCCUGAAUGUGGGAAGAGUUUUGGCCAAGCUAAAGAUCUGGUGGUUCAUCAGAGGGUUCACACCGGAGAAAAGCCGUACCAGUGCCCUCAGUGCAAGAAGAGCUAUCGGCAGUUUGCGCAUUUGUCCGUUCAUCUGCGGAGUCACACGGGGGAGAAGCCCUAUCAGUGCCCCAUAUGUCUCAAAUUCUUCGCUCAUUCAUCAUCCAUGAAAAAACACCUGCGUGUAAUGCAUGCAGAGGGGAAAGAUUUACCCGUAUCGAAGGAAGUUGUGAAGGUCACUGUUGGCGUCGGCCCAUCUAACGCACCUGUCGAAGUUAAGCAAGAACCAGAGUCUGCAGAUGAAUACGAAUGUCAAGUGAAAUCUGAAGAAAACUGCUUUGCUUUAAUGGAUGACGUGAAGGCGGUUACAGUCACUUCAGCUCCUUCCAGUCCAAUAUCAUCUGUUACUCUUAAAGAUGAAAAAUGAAUGUGGAUGGAAACGAGGGUUUGUCACCAACAGUCUGCUAAACAUCAGAGCGUAUUGAAGAAACUGCAGCAUCAGCUAGUUCACUGAAGCUAAAAAAACAUUUUUAAGUAGAAUUGAAUUCUCUACACUUACUCCAGAAGCUGGUCUUCAUCCAUGAAGACCCCAGCCUCCUUAAUCAGAAAGGACAAUGGAAACCUGAUCAGCAAAAAUCCACACCAUUGCAUGGAGCAGUGAACCAGAAAACACCUUUCCUUUGUGUGUUUGUUUUUUAAGGAAAACUGUACCUAUCGGUGCCCCAAUCAGAACUAUCCAUUGUGAAGGACUUUAUCUAUUCCAUAAUGGUCAAACAUGAACUUUGUUGCUGUCAUGCUAGCUAAAUGUUGCAGAAUGAACAACAGAAAGGACAUUGAUAUAGUAGAGGAUCCUUAUAUUGUGCUCCUGGAGGUCCACUGUCCUGCACACUUCAGUUCCAACCCGGAUCAAACUCACCUGCCUGUAAUUUUCAAGUACGUUUGCAUUGGAGUUUAACACUCUUGGAGGACAAUUGAAUAACCCUGAUAUAGUAGGAAAACUUCACGCUCCUUUAUAAUUGUUACAAACAGGCCCACACUGAAGUUGUGUGCUUACACGAUCCCUGCACUUUGCAUUUCCAUCAGUUAAGUGUUUAAGCUCCCUGCUGCAUUUUACGCUUUUGAAUCCAUUCCACAGUUUUUCUCCUUAAAGUGUGUAAAAUGUAGCCAUGCAAAUAUAAAUCCACCAAAUCAUUUCACUAAAAUCAUGUUGUUACUUCAACCACCAAAGUUUUUGUAAUCAUUUUUGUUCUUGUAUACAUGACAUUUCAUAAUGGAUGUUAAUUGAACGGCUUAAAUGUUUAGUCUGAAAAGGCUAUUAUUAAAAAUAAUAAUAAUAAAUAUCCCUAAAUUGUC